AUUUGGCAGCAGAGUGGUCAAGAGCAUGGAAUUUGCAGUAAAGCAGACCUGGGUUCAAAUCGUGACUCUACUACUCACUGCUAGCCAUAGCUCCUCAAGGGAGUACUAGAGUCUUCAGGCUCUUUCCCUGGGAGGCUGGAGCAGCCACAGAAGGCCUCACUGAGGAGGGGACUGUGGACACAAGGGCCGAAAUGGGGAGAAGGAGCCAGCUGUGCAAAGGGCUGGGAGAAAAACAUUCCAAACCACAGAAGAGCAAUUGCAGAAGCCCUAGGUAACCAAAUUCCAUAACUGGCCAUGUUUCCACCUCUGGUCUCCUUUCCACACCUGGACAUACCAGCACCCGCCAGGAGAUGUCUAGGCCACAGGCCACCCAGCAUAACCUCCUUGUCACAUCCUUCACUUGUGAGUUACCAGCAACGAGCCAUCACCUUCAUCUCCAGAACCUCGGGAGCUGCCGCGGACCGAGGCAGGAAGACCAGGGCGGUGCUGCCAAGUUGACUCGAGGCACCAGGCUGGGUGGCUAAGCUGGUUAUCUCCGGGGAUGCAGGGAACGUUACUGCCACCACCAAAGACUCUCAGUCUGCUUGUCCUCCUGGGUGGAACCUCCAGCAUGCCGAUAGGGCCCAGAGGAAAGUAAACACUCUUGUCUAAUCUUCCCCUAUGUGAUCAUAGAGCCGCCUGAGGUGGCCGCUCCCUCAGCCGAAUCUGGUCCCUCCGUUUCCUUCUCCUAAGGGGGCCACAGGGCAUCGGCGUCGGUACCUGAUCUGGAGGCCUGGUGGCUGGAACUCAGCUCACCAGCAGUCGAUUUCAUCAGUCAGGGCCCUCAAAGCUCCGAGGUCUUUCCUGAGCAUCAGACAAGUCCCCUGAACACAGGCUUGUCAGAGCCUCAGACUCAGCCACAUAGUCCCUGAAGAAUGAAUAAGACCCGAGGUCUAAGUUGCCAAAGGCUGAGAGAAAUGGUUCGUUGCCCUACAUUCAGGCCAGUCCUUGUGAUCUGGCAGGGUCGGUGUUGCGUGAACGAGGAGCCGUGGCUCUACGGAGCUGGGCAUGAGUCAGGUGCCGUCUGUAGGACAGCUGUAGGACAGCUUCCUGUCUCCUGCCGCCUCCAGCUGGGGCUGUGCCCUCUGUGCCUGGCACCCGGGAGAGACAGCUCUCAACAUCACUUUUCUGCUGUCCCAAGAAGCAGGUCUGGUGACAGAAGCAGGCCAGGGUUGAGAAGGAGGGGAAGCACUUCCAGCCCUGGCACCUGCGGGCCUCUGCGAGUCACCCGUGGGGGCUGGCAGCAGUGGAUGCCACUGAGCCUUCUCUGAGCUGUCCCGGCUCAGUGCUCUCCCAGCCUGAGGACCAGAGGCCUCGAGUCCCAACACUUCAAUAUUUUACCUUUUGGCAACCUUUGAAAAAGUGUUUCAAGCCUUGGAUCCUUUUGGGGAGUUAUGUCAGGUGCUCAGCAAAUGAAGGUUAAUGAAUCCCUCUGACAAGGAUCAAGUCCAUGCGAGAAAACCUCAGGGAGAAGGACGAGCUGAAAGAUUAUCUAGAGAAGCAUCCUUACAACCUGGCCUACAAGUUUGUUGAGUCUGUAGAUCCAGACACAGGGGUCUAUUAUGAAUCCAUGAGGAAUUACCUGGAUCUAGCCUACGUUGGCACCAUCAGAAUUGGGACGCCCCCACAGGAGUUCAAGGUCAUCUUUGACACGGGCUCGUCCGACCUGUGGGUGCCGUCCAUCUACUGCUCCAGCCCUGCCUGCGCUAAUCACAACGUCUUCAACCCUCUGCUGUCCACCACCUUCCGGGUCUCGGGACGGCCCAUCCACCUCCAGUACGGUUCUGGGACGAUGUCAGGAUUUCUCGCCUACGACACCAUUCGGUUCGAGGGCCUCGUUGACGAGUCUCAGGCAUUUGGCCUGAGCCUGAGGGAGCCUGGCAAGUUCAUGGAAUAUGCAGUUUUCGAUGGCAUCCUGGGCCUGGCCUACCCCAGCCUCAGCCUCCAAGGGACCAUCCCCAUUUUCGACAACCUGUGGAAACAAGGUCUCAUUGCUCAGGAGCUCUUUGCCUUCUACUUGAGCAAAAAGGAGGAGGAGGGCAGCGUGGUGAUGUUCGGAGACGUGGACCACUCCUACUAUAGGGGAGACCUCAACUGGGUGCCCGUAUCCAAACCCUUCUACUGGCAAUUAUCCAUGGACAGCAUCUCCGUGAACGGAGCGGUAAUUGCAUGCAGUGGUGGCUGCGAGGCCAUUAUUGAUACGGGAACCUCGUUGCUGAUUGGCCCACCUAGUGUUGUCCUCAACAUCCAGAAGAUCAUCAAUGCCAAGCGGUCCUACAGUGGCGAGUACAUGAUUGACUGCAGCACCAUCAACACCCUACCCGACAUUGUCUUCGCCAUCAAUGGCGUCAACUACCCAGUGCCAGCCAGUGCCUACAUCCGGGAGGGUCAGGAGGGCACCUGCUACAGCAACUUUGAUGAGGGCAGAGGCGGCUUGUUCGUCUCAGACUCCUGGAUCCUGGGUGAUGUCUUCCUGAGGUUGUAUUUUACCGUCUUCAACCGAGGGAACGACACGAUCGGCCUGGCUCCAGCGGUGUAAAUGCUGGGACUGCUCAGGGAAGCAACCACGCCGUCCCCCCCCCCACACACACACACACACUCGGGGCAUUCCUGCCCAGGUGCCCGCCUGAACUCUGUCUGCGGCUCCGUAAAGCCCUGCUCUCCGUGGAGAAUCAAAGAUCUCAUUUUCCGUGGAGCCCCUCUCUCCGGAUCGGGGAGGUGCCUCAGAAACAGGCAGGACUGCAGAAUCUGGUCUGGACCACGAGUGAGAGGAGCCCAAAGCCAGCUGGCCUCAAUGAAGAGGGCGACUAACGCCUGGAAGGCUACUGGGGACCCAGGAUGCGGGAAUCAGAGCAGGUCCAAGGGCUCGGGAACCCAAGAGAUCAAACGCUGCCAGCUCAUUCUUUCUCUCCCUUCCCUCAUCUUUGAUCCUCUUCUCCUGGCAAGUUUCUUUCCUCAGUCUUCCAUGUGUCCUCGGGGCUUUCUAGCCUUAAGGGAUGCAGACCGAAAGGAAGAAACCCUAGAAAGGAGCUGAGUACCCAGGGGGGCUCUGAUCGGUGCCCGUCAGGCUGUGUCCGACCCUGGACCAGCCACUGUGGGCAGGCUCUGGGGUACUCUGACUGGUUCUCCUUGGGCACGUGGCCUCCCCAGUGCCAAGGGUGUGAUCGACAGUUUCAUACCCAACCACGUGGGCCCCUGAGCUGAGGAGGAACAGUCCCCGAAAGAAGGGGCCGAGGUGCGUUCUAGACAGCUGGGAGAGAGUCCACGCCAACACCACCAAUAUCCGCCACCUCCACACCCAGAGGGACGGUUGAGGAUAGUAAAGGUAGAUUCUAUUUUCCGAUCGCAAAAGCCUAGUUGGCAGUGGCCUUCUGCCCCCGGGGGCUCUGAGUGAGGUCCUUAAGACUCAGAUGGUCCCACUCUGGCCACCCAUGAGUGCCAGGUGGAGAGAACAACAGGCACUAGUAGGAGGCCCGAGGACUAUGGGCUUUCUCUUUGGGGGAGUCAGGGAAGGUUGGGUGAGUCGGCAUUGACCUCAGUCUUGCCCCAAACCCUGCAGCUACUGUCUGUGUGAGAUCUACUCUAUGUCCACGGUUCUGUCCUAGUCCCUUCAGGAUGGCAGAGGAGCACGAUGUGAGCUCGUGGAGGGGGAGGCCAGACUUGGUAAUGUCUUCAAACAAACAAUAAAAAUUAAAAACUGGGCUCAAUGAAGA